AUCUACAACAUAUCCACAAUCUGAAAACACGUGUGCAAUGCCAACCUUUGCCAUUUCACUCUCCUUCCACAAAGACACGUAUCCAACAAUGGAGAAUAUAAUUCACACACAAACACUUAUCUGUUCUCCACUUCUGUCCUAUAAAGUCAGGUUUUUUAACUCUGAUUUUCCUCCGUACACUCCGUCCCAAGUGAUAAGAUUUACAGGAGAUCGAGUUAAAGAAAUGUUGAAUUCUCUGAUGCAUGUCGGAAACAAUGGUGGCGGCGGCGGCGGAGGGAAGAAGCAAGAGCGGAGGACUGCUCAGGCGAGUUCAAGAAAAGGGUGCAUGAGAGGGAAAGGUGGUCCGGAGAAUGCUUCCUGUACUUACAAAGGCGUUCGCCAACGCACGUGGGGAAAGUGGGUGUCGGAGAUACGCGAACCCAACCGUGGCAGCCGUGUCUGGUUGGGCACUUUCAACUCCGCCCGUGAAGCUGCUAUAGCAUACGACGCUGCUGCCCGGAGACUGUACGGACCCAAUGCCCAUGUCAAUCUUCCCGACGAGACAGCUCCGGCUCCACCUCCGCCACCUGCAGUUACUGAGGCAGCCAAGGAAGCCAGGUACCAUCGGGCCAUCGAGCAAAUGAAAAAGCAGCAGGAAUUCGAAAGGCAAAUACAAAUAUACAUGCAUCAACAGCAACAGCAACAACAACAACAUCAUCAUCAUCAGAUCAAAAUAGAAAGCACUACAAUUCCCGAAAUCCCUGAUCUUAAUGCACACACGGUUGCAAAUUAUCAUACUUUUCACAAUCAUAAAAUCAGCCACGAAGCUAGAACAGGAGAGAACUAUGUGCAUCACAAGCCCUCAAAUGGGAAUCUGAACGCUAAUCUGCCGGAGUUUGACGACUCUGGUUUAUGGACGGAGGCGGCUUCCACGAUGGAUUAUCAAUCACAGGCGAUCGAUCCUGGAAUUGAUGCCUCAAGUUUCAAUGACACAAUUGGCAUUGAACUGAAUCACCCAUUAAUGGUAUAAUCUACCAUCUUAAUAUUCCGAUGAGCUUUAAUAAUCGGAAUAAGAUUGGUUGGUCGGCUUUCUAGUUAGCUAUAUAGUACAAAGCUUUUAAAGUUGGCUGUGUCACGUGACACAAAUAUAUGGUGUGAAUACAUAAUUAAAUUAUAUAUAGUAUAUGGGAGAAAGGGAAUAUAUAUAGUUUGUAUAAAUAUAUAGAUAGUCACGUGAUAUGUCACAUAGGGAAUGAUAUAAGGAUCCGAGUUUAUAUAAGUGAU